UAUAGUCAUUGGUUAAAAGAAAGUAGUCCAUCAUUGGAGUCAUAUGACAACUUCUCUACCUUGUUUAUGCAGCUUAACCAGACCAUCUUACAAGCCAAAGCUUCAAAAAUGUCUCCAAGUGAGAUCCCAAAGCUUCAAUGAUGAAGGAAAUGCAGAAAAUGUAGUGGAUGGAAACAUGAGAGCUCUAAGAGAGAGAAUAAGAGAUGUGAGGAAGAAAGAGAGGUUGGACAUGUGUUGGAGGGUUGAGAAUGAGAAUGGGUGGAAGUACAAAGAUGAGUAUAAUAACAAGCACAAGAGACUAAAAAGUCAAUAUGGCAUGUUAUCAGAGUCCAUAAUGCUACUUGGUUUAGUUAGUAGUGCAUUUGGGCUUGCCUUUUUCACUGGCUCCAUUUGCAUUUUCCUUGUUUCCUUCAUUGUUCAUUUGUGCAACAAAGGUAGUUGAGCUAAACAAAUAGAGUAAU